AGGAAAGUUGCAAACCCAGAACUCACCAGAGCCGACAGAAACAGGGAGGACGACAGUGAUGGCGGAGGGGAUAGCGCAAGUGAAAGAGAUGAUGGUGGGUGAGAGGGGAUAGCUGUCGCUGGUCUUAGAUUUCACCGAUAGGAGAUCAGGCUUCUUCCGUCAAGGGCGUGUCCAAGCAGGGCGAAGGGCUCAAGCAAUAUUACCAGCAACACAUCCACGAGCUCCAGCUCUUGGUUCGGCAGAAGAGUCACAAUCUCAAUCGUCUCGAAGCGCAACGGAAUGAGCUCAAUUCUAGAGGUGACUGCUCCGAUCUCGUAACUUUUUCUCGUUUCUUCUAGCCCUAAUUUUGUCUCCCGUGUAUCAUCGAGUCGCCUGUUAAAUUCAUUAGACCUCGAAUCGAAUGCUGGAGUGGGUUCGACAACGAUGGCGGAACGGGUGCGAUCCAGUGGGUCGGAGCUCGGAGGGGAUAACGAUGGCGGCGAUGGCCGUGGCGCCGGCGAAUCAACUGCGUUUCGAAUCGAAUGCUGGAGUGGGUUUCAACAACGAUGGCGGAGCGGGUGCGAUCUAGUGGGUCGGAGCUCGGAGGGGAUAACGAUGGCGGCGAUGACCGUGGCGCCGACGGCGGUGGCCGGCGGAGGGGAUAACUGAGACAGCUCGGAAGAAAAGAAGUCUCGAGUC